AUGCGUGCGGUACUUCCAGGGCGGCCUGAGUCGAAGCUGCAAGCUCUCAGCACCGCGUUCUGGGAUGGCCUACGGAUUGUUGCAUACAUCUCUGGUCAUGCGCUCGUUAUCCUGACCGGAGCACAAACGCUCCUACAAACCAUCUACGUCGACGAUUCCGAGUUUCUAGAGACGAUCGCUAUAGAUGAAUCCAGCGGCCAAAUUGCUGUUAGUAGCGGUCCGGACAUUUACAUCUACCGCCCUAAUGGCUUCAAAGGCGAAUCUCUCAAGUGGUCACUCGCUGUUACGUUCCGUGCAAAGGACGACGAUGAAAAGGUCAACACAUUAUCAUGGGGUUCCUCGGAAGAAUUGCUCGUGGCCAAUUCGUGCCUUUCGGUGUGGUUUCUGAAUGAUGAACCCCGUCUCAUGUGGAAGAAGAAACUUGCGGGCCCUACAAAGUUCGCCGAGUUCUCCCCCGAUGCCGAGCUGGUAGCCACGACUGGGGAAUACGAUCGACUCGUUAAGUUGUGGAGGAGGCUCUCGUUUGGCGCCGAUGACGUCCGAUUCGAGGUAUUCUACCUUCCUCAUCCAGCCACGGUUACUGGAAUACAUUGGAGGAAACCCAGGCAUCGCGAACAGUCAAUGGACAAUGUACUCUAUACGAUAUGUACAGAUAACAAGAUCCGGGUUUGGACGGUUUCUGAUCACCAGGACCUAUCAGCGAUGCACCUGUGGACCGAGAUAGAUAUGGAUUCAUCAAUUCAGCCACGGGAUAAUUCACAGAACUUGUCGAGUCGCCGGUAUGGGUUUAUUAUUGACAGUCGGGAUUUUGCCGCGGCGACUGAGCGUGCAGUACAACGAAAUACCGAGAAGAAUAAUCUGGUUUUAGAGCACCUCGUCGACGUCGCGACAAAAAACCCAGAGAUUUGUGCUAUAAUUGAUGACCAGGGUCACAUGUGUGCAUGGGCUUUGGAAAACGUCGGGGGUAAAACAAAAUCUCCAGCAGAUGUUUUCAACAUCCUACACAUAGAAGGCGUGCAGUUUUCGUUUCCGAAAGGGGUCCCUCUGGACGAGGACUAUGCACAGUUUUACGCAUUCGGUACCUCAACGGCCACGGAUUCGUUGUCAUUAUUGGUACAUUACUUUGAUGGAAGAAUAGAAUGGUUUGAUUCUCAGAUCGAUAUUCUCUUCGAUCCGACGCCACGAAAACAUCGAAUAAAGUCUCAGGGCAUAUGGUCUGGGCACACCGAACCGAUCAAGAAGAUUGUGCGAAAUGCGAGCGGACGUGUUCUUGUAUCACGGACCGAUGACAAUAAUGCGAUGAUCUGGCGCCAAAAAAUGAGCGGCCCUCAAUCCAUUCUAGCCACUCAAAGCUCGCUUUCCUCACAGGAACAUAUUCACCGGACUUGUGUCAUUGAGGAGGGUUCUUUUCUGGUGAACCUGCAUCACAAAGGUAUCUCUCUCUGGGAUAUUCGAUCAUCUCCUGCUGUCAAAAUAGGCUCUUGUGAAUUUGUGUCCGCUAGCAAGCCGCUCUGCGUUUUGACAGUGCCAAAUCCCGAGCCAUCGAAUCGAACUGUAUACGUUGCAAUGAUAAGCGCAGGCAUGAAGGGUAUCGCAUGGGAGAUUGAUUUGCCUGGCAAGCAAUCUUCUAGCCCAAAGGAAUCGAUUUCUUUACGACAGUAUUGUACUUUUGAUAUGAGAUUGGAUACCGAAGUAGCCUAUAUCCUGGCAGUCGACCCAGCCGGACAGAUGGCACGACAUUCUGGCUUUCUAGAUCUCUUCGCGGCCGACAUAGCACUCUCGUAUACCGAAAAAGGAACCAUCCAUACAUGGGCAGCUAAAAUUGACAAGACGAACCGGACGUUAGACUGGCUUUUGACCUCUACUGUUGAAACCGGCAUUCAAACACCAUCACUGGCAAGUGGAAGCGCGAUUCGCAAAGCUGCACUAGUGGAUCAAGAACGGACACGCCUCACCAUUUGGGACACAAGUGGUGCUCAAUUAGAAUUUGAAGAGCGCUUCCCUGAUCAUGAUAUGAUUUACGACCUUGAUUGGACAACCACGCCAGAUCAGCAGUCCAUAUUAGCCGUUGGCUUUUCUCAUAAAGUCGUCCUUCUCUCACAACUCAGAUAUGAUUACUUGGAUGCUGGCCCAUCCUGGACUGCGGUCCGCGAAAUCCGUAUUCGAGACGUGACACCACAUCCCAUUGGAGACUCGUGUUGGUCGGGUAGUGGAAAUCUUGUCGUGGGAGCUGGAAAUCAGCUAUUUAUAUACGACCCAGCGGUUGAGAUUGACAGUCACCUGGUUUCAAAGCUGCGUAUUCCAGCUCGUGGAGGCUCAGACGUGAAUCUUUUCGAGAUUGUCAGCCGACUGAACGGUCCGCUUCCUGUCUACCACCCUCAGUUUCUCGCUCAAUGUAUCCUGUCUGGCAAGACCAACCUUGUACAUCUCAUUCUAAUGAACCUUCAUAAGAAGCUGAAAUUUUACACUAAGGGUGAUGAGAUUGACACUCUGCUUGGAAUACCGGUUGAAGAAUUCUACCGAGAUGAUAAUGAAUUACGAAACUCUGCAUGGAAAGAAAUGCAAGUUUCUAACGAUUAUGUUGAAGACGAGCCACGAGUCUUGGAUGAAACGGUGGCCGUAAUGCUCAAUGAGAACUUGACUCAAUUCAGCCUACCACAGCUUUCAAGUCAGGAACAGUUCCGCCUCGUAGACACAAUAGAGUGUGUCGCGAUGGUUGAGAAACAUCGAAGAUCCAUGGAUGCGAACGCUGCUCGAUAUUUAUUGUUCUUCCGCCAACAUAUGCUACGGAGAAUUCAGGGUGUCGCUCAUAGGAAUACAGUGUCGUGGCGAGAAAUUGUAUGGGCUUUCCACAGUGAAAGUCAAGAUAUCCUUACGGAUCUUGUAUCUCGUCAGUUCGGUGGUAAACUUCUAUGGAAAGCAGCGAGAGAAAGCGGCAUAUUCAUGUGGUUAUCAGAUGUCACGGCUGUGAGAGCUCAGCUUGAAAUCGUCGCUCGCAAUGAGUACACCAAAACGGAUGAAAGAAAUCCGGUCGACUGCGCGCUAUACUAUCUGGCUUUACGGAAGAAGAACGUUCUCCAAGGGUUGUGGCGCAUGGCAACUUGGAAUCGUGAACAGGGAGCUACACAACGUCUAUUGGCGAACAACUUCCAGGAAGCAAGGUGGAGGACAGCAGCGUUAAAGAAUGCAUAUGCUCUGCUUGGAAAGCGGCGAUUUGAAUACUCUGCCGCCUUCUUUCUUCUAGCAGACCACCUACGUGAGGCCGCAAAUGUGUGCAUCAAUCAGAUUGGAGACAUUCAUUUAGCAAUAGCAAUUACUCGAGCUUAUGAGGGAGAUGAUGGACCGGUACUUAAAGAGAUUCUGGAGGAAACAGUCCUUACCGAAGCUGCAACAGAAGGUAACCGCUGGAUGGCGUCUUGGGCUUUUUGGAUGCUGAAUCGCCGAAGUUCGGCGGUUCGCGCUUUAAUUUCACCUGUCGAUACUCUCAUCCCCCCUACUCCUGCAUCCCCGGGAAGUCCAGGUAUGAUCUCAUUACAGGCACGAUCAUACCUCUCGAAUGAUCCUGCAUUGGUUGUCUUAUACAGACAAAUCCGUGAAAUAUCUCUCCAAACUCUCAAAGGUGCAACGCAAGUCGCACCGGCUGACGAAUGGGCCUUCGUUCUACGCAACGCACGUCUCUAUGACCGCAUGGGCUGUGACCUACUGGCCCUUGAUCUCGUAGCCCACUGGGAAUUCCUACGAACCCCGCCCCGGGGCGUACCAACAACCGAUUUUACGGCCAAAGCGGAACCGGACUAUCGAAAGUUGCUCCGAAGGCAUAGUAGCCUUGUCAUCGCUGAUCUGCCUGUCCGACUUCCGCCGGAGAUGGCCCCUGGCGGCGAUGACGGUGCUGCUAAAUCUCCCAAACCGCAAGCCAAGCCGACUACGUUUCACGAACCAGAUGCCAAUUCAUUAUUGGACAGUUUUGGGUUUUGA